GCGCUACAAGUACGACAAAUGUAUCUUUGCUAAAGAAGAGGCUCUUCUUUUCUGCUUUCCUUGACCUGUACUGAAAAUACAGGGGGAGGAACUUUGAGCAGUGCUAGUUAGCAGUCGGCUAGCUGUUUUUUCUGUAUUUUUUCAUAUUUUUGUGUCUUGUUUCAUAUGCAGAGAGAUGUGGUUUAUUUAUUUACUCAGCUGGCUGUCGUUGGUAGUCCAAAUAUCCUUCGUGACUCUGGCAAUAGCUGCUGGCCUUUACUACUUGGCAGAACUAAUAGAAGAAUACACAGUAGCCACCAGUCGAAUAAUAAAGUACAUGAUACUGUUCUCGACAGGUGUGCUGGCAGGUCUCUAUGUUUUUGAAGGCUUUCCAGUGUUGAUGGUGGGAGUCGGCCUCUUCACCAACCUGGUGUACUUCGGCCUCCUGCAGACGUUCCCCUACAUACUGCUGAGCUCCCCCAACUUCAUCCUCUCCUGCGUGUUGGUUGUGGUGAACCAUUACAUGGCCUUCCAGUACUUUGCACAAGAGUAUUAUCCAUUCUCAGAGGUGCUGGCCUACUUCACCAUCUGCCUGUGGGUGAUCCCCUUUGCCUUCUUUGUGUCACUGUCAGCGGGGGAAAAUGUGCUUCCGUCCACCAUACAACAAGGAGAUGACGUGGUGUCUAAUUACUUCACCAAGGGCAAGAGGGGGAAGAGGUCAGGGAUCCUCCUCGUGUUCUCUUUCCUCAAGGAGGCAGUGCUGCCUAGCCGACAGAAAAUGUACUGAGGAGCUCGGACUCGGGGUGCAGGUUCGGGGGUUGGGGGUGUGUGAGUGUGUGUGAGUGUGUGUGUGUGUGUGUGUGUGUGUGUGUGCGUGUGCAUGUGUUGGAGAUUAAGGGGAAGCAGGAAGGACUAUGGAAAUUUGUUUCUGGAUGGGACUAAAACGAAGCAGUGGCCAAAAGGGGAAGGAGAAGGCACGAAGAGAACGGACCAAUGAACAGAAUAGAGCUUCCUGCUGGAUGAGCCGAAGAGUUUACACAGGCCACGUUUGUCUGUCGUUGUCUUUCUAACUGUCUGUACUGACUGCCAACAACAUCUACUAGAGACCUCACUGAGGGGAUCUUGUGUGUAGCGCAGUGCUUUCUUACUGUCAUGUUGGACUCCUCCAUUUUUUUAAGCUUUGGUAUUAAAAUAUUUGCAGGGUUUGAAAUUAACAACCACCAGAUACCUGUAACUUUUGACUUUGGCAGAUAAAUCAUAUGUUAUCUUCUUGACAGGACAUCCUGCUGUGAUGUGUGUUGUAGGUCUCACACUUCACCGGAGUCAAUACACAAAGUAGCAUUGAGGACAGUUUAGGAUACAAAAUAGGACUGCUUAAAACGUUUGCCUCCGCAGAUGAAGAAGGUGGAUUGGAGAUGAAUGAUACAGCUUACAGGUACUUUCUGGCUUAAUCCUGAAGUCCGAAGCUUGUUUUUUUUGGUGUGAAAUGAUUCUAAAAAGGAUAAAAGUGGCAAUCCAGCUGCAGGAAAAAUUCCACAGGUCGCCACAGAAGCACUUAUUAAGUUUAUAUAAGAUGAGAAAGUGCAGUCUGUACUUAAGUUGUAAGGAAUCAGCUUCUGAUCUAUGGAGACGUAUUUUUUUUCUGAUUACAAGCUGUGACGUGAUAUAAAUGCUCUGCCCUGAUGCAUCACACCGAUGAAAAAUGGUUAAAUAAAUGCACUUAGAAACUGUUAAUUUUCACCCUUAAAUUUGUCAGCUACAAGAGAUCUCUCUCCCUCCGGAUCAUCAACAUUUGGCCAUGAAAACAAUCCACUAUGUGAGAUAUUUUGUUUUCUUGCAUCUUACGCAUUCAUUAAUCACCAGUGGUGUAGUUUGCAACCUGCCCAUCUUUUUUGGACCGUUUUUAAGAAUUCACACUAAUAACAAACUGAUUUUUGUACAUUCAUCAUCAAAGACAAAUGAUAACACUUCUGAAGAUCGAACCUGUGCAAUGACUCUUGUAAGCUUACAAGUGUUUGGGACAAAAGCAGCUCAAAGUGGUUUGAUGAAAUUACUAUUAAAAAGGCAGAAAUUCUUUCUACCAAUUACUGAGUGUGAUUCAUUGUAGGCUGGUAUGCACAUGAAUGUAUAAUAAAACGAGAUUUUGUUGAAAUAA